UGAUUCCCGAGUGUGGUUUGACUUUGAAGGCUAUAUCAAGCGAAUUGAGACUUCAACGAGGACUAUUUACGUUUACAAAAGAUAGGCUACACGGUAAAGAGAGCUCUUGUCCUGUUGUCAGCCCCUGCUCCAGCAUGGACCUUGGAGUGACCCAUCGUCAACGCCACAACCCUGUUGACAGCAUCUGCCGUAAGCUGCAGACAAUCCAGCGGCACGACCGUGAGGUGAACCCCUCCUCGCCCUUCCAGAUCCCAAAAUUCACCUCCAGCAGCUACGACAACCCCCAGUCCGGCCUGCGCCGCAACCUGGAAGUCAUCCUGAAGAAGCGCGAGAGGGAGGGGCUGUUAACCCCCAAGGGUUCACCCCAGCUUCCCAGGAGCUCCCACUGUCCCAACUCCACCCCUGUCAACCCCACCAUGAACCCCCCAACCCCAGUCAAUGCUACUUUCACAAUCGCCAGUAAUCCCGGGGAGUGGAGGGGCACAGGGGUGGGGUUAGGAGGGCAAGGGAGAGGAUGGAAGAGGAGCUGCUCCACCCCAGCUGUCCUGAUUGGAGACACUUUUUUCAGCUUCUCUCAUGGUCCCCAGUUUACUCAGCCUGAGGGGACAGGGUCUGACGGCAGUGAGAGGCACAGGACCCCAUCUCUGUCCCAAACUCACACACCUGCGCAUAGCCUGCUGUCCUAUAACCUCAACUUCUGCUCUUCGGACGCCACUGCCAACCUGCUGCAGAGUGAGUUGCCUUACCCGGCCCUGGUUGUCAAGAGACUGUCCAUGGGAGAAGGAGCCAUGUCCUCUGAGAACCGGAAGGAGAUGAUGGCUGAGGUCAGUCUGAUCUGUGAAGAGGAUUUACUAGACACCAUUUUCCACGCUUGUGACACCCAGCGCAGAGGUAAGGUGUACGUGUCUUGUAUCGUGGACUACCUGCGUCACACCACCAGCCGUGGUUCUGAGGACAGCGGGCUGGAGGACCUGUGUAAUAUGCUGGACCCGGAGCACAAAGAUGUCUCCAUAGACCUGGACACCUACCACGCCAUCAUGAAGGAGUGGAUCGAUGACUGCAGAAAGAAUGGGGACGACACACCAGAGGACCUCACUCAAGAGUCUGUCAGACUCCGAGACAACCUGUCAGCUAAGAGGUCUGUCCUGCUGAACAUGACCUCAGGCAGUCUGGAGGCAUUCGGAGGGGAGGUGUCACGAGCAGAUCUUGAGACGUCCGAUCUGGUGUUCUGUGUGUCCGACCUGCAGUUCAGUAACCAGAAGUUUCAGCAGGAGGUGAGGAAGCUUAAGCAGAGCAUGGAGACUAUGGAGGACCAUAACCAGAAACUAGCAGAGGAGAACGAGGAGCUCAAGUCACACGCCAGACUAGGCCAGCAGCUGGCCCAGAAGGAGAAGAUGUUGAAGGAUGAGGUGGAGGAGAUGAAGAUGAGUCUGAGCUGUACAGAGGAGAGCAGGGCCAGGGCCUCGGCUCAGAGCAAACAUAUGGAGAGAGAGAACCAGAGUCUGAUUGCAAAGAUAAGCUGUCUUCAGGAUGAGAACAUCAAGGUCACCAUGGAGAUGGAUGACCUCCAGAAGAGGAUGAUUGAACUGUGUGACCUAAACGCUGAGCUGCAGGUCCAAAACCAUUCCUUCGAUGCUGUCGUGAGUGAGAAGGAAUCCCUCAUACUCCAGAAGUGCAGACAGAUUGAGGAGCUGAAGGGUGCAGUGGUGGAGUACUCGUCGGUCACAGAGCUGUUGAGAGCAGACAAGACCAAGCUGGAGAGACGGAUGCACAUGAUGCAGCCAGACAUGGCAGUUGCAGGUCUCCCCCUGUCGGUGGCAUACAGGUUGAACCAGAGCACUUCAGGAUCCCUGCAGACAGAACUGGCCCUUGCUCAAACACCUCCGGAGGGUGCGGAGUGUGUGUCGCCGCUGAGCUUUGCAUCUGCGCUAGAUGAGACUCUGGACAGGGAGGUGUUACUGCUCUUGCAGGGCCCCACACCUGACCAGAUGUCCCUUGAGUUCAAGAGCCUCGUCAACAAACUGAAGAGAGAUUUUAAUGACGAGGGCCUCUCCAUCUUGUCAACGCUCAGAGGACUCAUACACCACUACGGAGGACCAGGGGCUAGUAAAGACCCCAGACUGCAGGCGGUGCAGUCUGAGCUGGAUCAGAGGAGGACGGAGUGGGGCCUCAGCCUGGAACAGUUGGACCAGUACACCGACUCCCUGGAGAACGAACUGAUCAAGAUGGCCAGCAACAUAAGGAGGUCCCACACUGAGAUACUACACCUGUCAGUCAGGGUUCAGGAGCAGGAGAAUCAGAAGCAGCAGCUGCGUGAAGAGUUGGACCAGCUAAAUACCCCGGGGGACAGCAGGGAGGCCAGCUGCCAGACCCCCGACGAAGACCCACAGGCUGGGGAGGACCUGUACUGGGACGAGGAGUUUGUCCUCCAAGACUUCCUGAAGAACGAGGGGGUGGAGACGUACAGGGACUUCAAGAGUCAGGAGACGGGCCCGACGGACGAGGACAGACUGACGGAGAGAGGGGAUCAGCCUGGAGAGGGGGAGGAGGGGGAGGUGGGGGAGAGGUGGACCGUGGUGGGGGGAGAGGGACAGGAGGGGGGACUGAGGGGGAUCUCCCUUCUCUCUCCUCUCUCGGAAAAAAGUGAACCCGACCAGAUGGAGGGAGAGGAUCUGAGAGAAACCACAGCGUCAACAGAUGGUGACCAGAGAGUGGACAGUCUAUCCCCACAGGGUGCCAAACUACCAGAAUGCUUUGGGCCUGAGGACACCCACCAGCAGGCUGUUGACACCGAGGAGCAUCCACUCCCUCCCUCCCACUCCUCUCUAUUGGAUACAAUGAGCCCUGACACCAUAGUGCCUCUUCUUCAAGACACACCUCAGCCUGGCUCACCAGAACACGACAGGACUGUCACUGCUGGGAACAGUCCACCCCCUAGGCUGGCUGAGAUUGUAUCUCCCAGCUGCACUUACCCUGUGAUGGAUGAGACCAUUUUACUGACUGGAAGCCCCCAGAAGACAGAUGGCAGUGGAAGAGGAAAAGAAGGAGAGGACAACAUCACCUCAACCAAUAUGAGUGACGCGCAGAAGCUAACCCAGGACCAGCUGGCUGAGAGAGUGCUAGCAGAGGACAGCACCAGCCUGUUACCAGUACUAGAGGAGGAGGAGGAGGGCAUACAGGAGUCAGUGGUGCAGGUGUCUACAGCGGAGGUGGACUUGGCAGGGACAGUCAAUCUGGCAGGGGACGGAGGCUCUCAGACCAUGGAUGGACUGAAUGUUGCGCCCACUGACCCAUCACAGGGUCCAAGGGAUGCUGCGACGCCUGACCCCCCAGGAGCCAAAAUUGACUCCCUGGUUCUCAGGAGCAAGUUCAAGAAGGAACUGGAGCUGUCUCACAGUAUGGAUGUCAUCGAGGAAGGGAAGGUACAAGAGGAACAGAGUGAAACCAGUGUUACCACAGAGAAGGACGUUGAAGCCUCUGUUGUUUCUGAGAACUCAACCGUAGGCGACAGAAGCAGCCUGUCCCCUAACGACAAGGAGAUUGAGGUAGUGACGGAGUUCCAGCGCCUGUCCCUGGGCUUUAAGUGUGACCUGUUCACCCUGGAGAAGAGGCUGAGGCUGGAGGAGAGGUCACGGGACCUGGCCGAGGAGAACGUCCGGAGGGAGGUGUCCAGUUGCCAGGGACUACUACAGGCAAUGGCCCCUCUGUGUGAGGAUGAUAACCAGUCUAUGGAGAUCAUCGAGAGACUUCAGAAGAACCUGGACAUCCUCAUCCAGUCCAUGACCAGAGUGUCCAGUCGCUCAGAGAUGCUGGGCGCCAUACACCAGGAGUCUCGUACAGGCAAGGCAGUAGAGAUAAUGAUCCAGCAUGUAGAGAACCUGAGGAGGAUGUACACUAAGGAACACGCUGAGCUCACUGAGCUGAGAGAGAACAUGCUGCAGAACGAGAGGUCCUUCGGCUCCCACUCUGGAGGAACACACUCCGAUGAUUUCAGAGGCAAAAAGCAAUCUGGAGCAACGUACUAUAAGGCCUCAGCCCGACGGGUCAGCAUAGCAGCUAUCCCCCGAUCCGGUGGGGGAGGGGGACCCAUGCACUAUGACACGCCCAAUAAAGCACAGGACACCACAGAGACGGAGGCGGAGAGACUCACCCGCAGAUCUCCCUGGAAUGUGACAGGGAAGAGCACGGGGCGUCCUCCUCUAAAGCGCUUUGUUAGCUCCGGGGCUUGGGUUGAGACGGACGAGCCCUCACUCGUGAUGCUGAUGAAGGGGCCUGCCUACGACACAGACUCCCCUUCAGAUGAGGAGAGGAGGGAAGUGCCCGUUCAGAGGAAGUCCAGUCUCACUGAGCUGGGCAACAAAAUCACCGCCCUGAUUAUGCCCAACAAGACUCCCAUCCUGGCAGAGCAGGCCGCAGCAGCCCCAGGUUCAGGCUACUCCUCCCAGCCUGCGUCUGCAGCGAGUGGGUCCCGGGGACUGUGGCUGUGGCUGGCCCUAGUAGUGGUCCUAGCAGGCCUCCUGGCCCUCCUAGCCAGCCUGGUGCUGCAGCCGGCCGUGGACGCAGCGCCCGUGGGGACAGGGGACUCCUGGGUGACCAUCCAGCAGCUCCUGUGGCCCUACACAGGGCUGAGGCACAACGGACAGCCACCGGUUUAGAGGGGCUGUGGCCCCAACAGACAUCUGGCUAUGGUCAACCCCUGGAAGGUCUUCUGCAACUUGAACCAUCACGUGUGUUAGACUAGUUAGUGUGUGAAGAAAGAGCACUUGAAGACAGAAGCAGUCAGCGUGUUGGUGCUGAAGUUUCUGAACACUGACCACCACAGCUAAGGGAGAUUUCCUAUUGGUGCCCGGAGACAUUCUGCCGCACCAUUACGGAAGGGAGAUUGUAAUGUUAUUGGCCGUUGUAUAUGUGGGCACAAUGUUGUCCAAUCAAGUCAAGGAGGACACCAGUGUUGGGCUGUCCAAUCAUGUAAUGGACUUCAGCGCAUGCUAUCCAAUCACGUCACACCUUUUUGAGCGUUUGUUGGUCCAUCAACAUGCUUGCUCAUGGACAGUGGAUUUAGCAGUUUUUGCUUUUUAAAACACAUUUCAUAGUAAACUUCUGAAUCUAUGGCAUUUGCGGUUGCCUGAAGAGGCCACCACUUUAAGAAUGAUUUAGCAUUAAUUUGUUAAGUUGUUGUAGGUGAAAUAGUUGUUUUUAUUACAUUUAUGAACCUUGGUAAUACACUGCCAUUUUUUAAAUUUAAUUUAUUGUUUGACAGCAUUAGACUGUGUGGGGAUAUGAAUAUCUAUUAUAUUGCAUCUGUUUGUUAUAACCAGCGUUUUGUUACAAACUCACACAAAUGGUUUUUACGCUACUUCUUUAAGUGCUCACUUGUGAAAUUCAUCCACUUUUGUAUGUUCCAAAGAGGGGGAGUCAAACUUUACACAAUAAAGGAACUUUAUUCUACAGAAAUAAACUUUGGUUUUACAUGA